ACUUCCGGUCACUUCCGGCAGCAUGGAGAGCGACGAAGAAACAUCAACAAGCGAAAGCCGUGGCAAAAUACGUGCGAAGGGGAAGAAGAAGAAGAGUGGUGAGGACUUGCUGGAGGUGCCUGAAGGAUGGAAAGAGCCCAAGUUCCAGCAGGAGGACAACCCACACGGUGUCCUGGCAGAGAGCUCCUUCGCAACUCUCUUUCCCAAGUACAGGGAGAAGUACAUCAGGGAGUGCUGGCCGCUGGUGAAGAAGACGCUGUCAAACUAUAACAUCAAGGCAGAGCUGGAUGUGGUUGAGGGAAGCAUGAGUGUCAGGACCACUCGCAAGAUGUGGGACCCCUUCAUGAUUGUCAAGGCCCGCGACCUCAUCAAACUCCUCUGUAGAAGUGUUCCGUAUGAACAGGCGCUCCGUGUUCUUGAGGAUGACACGUUCUGUGACAUUAUCAAGAUCUCAUCGUUUGUCCAGAACAAGGAGAGGUUUAUAAAGAGACGACAAAGACUUGUUGGCCCCGAUGGCUCCACACUAAAGGCUAUCGAGCUACUGACCAACUGCUAUGUCCUGGUGCAGGGAAACACUGUGUCCGCCCUGGGGCCACACAAGGGUCUAAGGGAGGUGAGAAAAAUUGUAGAGGACACAAUGAAAAACAUUCACCCAAUCUACAAUAUAAAGACACUAAUGAUAAAGAGAGAGCUUGCAAAAGAUCCAGCCCUUAAAAACGAGAGUUGGGACCGAUUCCUGCCAAAGUUCAAAAAGAAGAAUGUGAAGAGGAAGAAGCCGAAGAAAGUCCGGACAAAGGCAGAAUACACACCAUUCCCUCCUCCACAACCAGAGAGCAAGAUGGACAAGGAGCUGGCUAGCGGAGAGUAUUUCCUCAAGGAGGAUGAGAGGAAGAUGAAGAAGGCCAUGGAGAGGAAGAGGGCUAGUGCUCAGUCAGGCAAGGAGAGACAAAUAGCCAAGAGGGCCAAGGCAUUCAUUGCUCCAGAGGAGCCUGUCAGGAAGGUGGUCAAGAAGGACACACCGGACAAGUCAGCUGAUGUGGACAUUGCAGCACUCAAGAGGAAGAUAAAGAAAGCUCAGAAAAAGAAGAUAUCAUGAAAAAGGACUGGAAAGGAUUGUUGAUGAAGCAUGGUGAAAAGCACAACUGUGGCAAUGUUGUAACCCUCGUGUCUGAACAGUGAAGCGCUGUGAUUUGGUGACAUCACAACCAAUCUGGAUUCUGCAACAAUUGUCCCAAGUUUGAAUAGAGUGUAUAUAUGUAUAUUUCAUGAAAUCACUGCCUUUAAAUUCUUGGCAGUUACUUGCUGUGUUUUUACGACCUUUGUGGCUGGAGACUUCAGAAUGUCACAGGGAGACAAGUGGUGGUUUUGUGAAAAUAAGAGUAUCCAAGUAACUUGGAGUUAUCUCCCCUGUGCUGCCGCCAGAUGGCAGGAGUGAAGAUUUCAGGAGCAGCACUAAUGGUGUUCCAAUUAAUCCAUUUCAUCAACGUCUAGUCGUAUGUCCUCCAACAUUGAUUAGCCAUUUAGGAUGCAUUAACAUCGACCCUGUUUGGGGGGUUUAAUGAAAGGUUUGAAACACAACAUCUGGGUCGUCCUCCAUAUUGAGGGACGCUGGGGUAGCCCACUGGUUUGAACAUCCGAUGGUCAGGAGGAAGGUGGUGUUGGAUACAGUGGGUAAUCCCAUUUUUGGUGUCUCCCACUGUGUUUAAGAAACAUACGACUUUAUUGAUAACAAUUUCUUGUUUAUUGCAUUUACCAACUUCAAUAUAGAUUUGUUCACCAUUAUCAAGCUGGAGUGACUGCAACCAUAUAAGGAGAGGUCAAUUUUCAUGAUAUCAGUGUUCGAAAUAGAUAUUGGCCAGUAGGUCCGAGGGCGACAUAUUUGUUUUUGGGCUGAUACUUUUAAAUUUCAGCAGGCCCUUAUGGCCUGCAGUUUAUUAAAGUAAUUAUUGAUUAAUCAUUAUUUAAGUAAUGUGAUAAACAUAACUUUCAUAUUUAUAAUCAGUAGGAUUUGAUUUUUCAAAUGGUGUAUGACAUGUAGUUGCAAAAUGUUUGUAAGCUGAUAAUUUCCUGAUAAAUGUAGGCUUCGUCUAUCACAACAGUCUCUGGGAACUCAGUGUGAUGGCAGUAAAAGCUUCUGGUUGA